GACUUGUCUAUGUUGCUGGGUGUAGCGGGCAUGUCAUUCCCGUUGCUGUGUCUAUGUGCAUGGUAAUGAGUAAGGCGUCAUUCAUUUUCCAUUCUGUUGAUGGGUUAUUUCCAGUUUGGGGCUGUUAUGAAAGGACUCUGAACGUUCCCAUGCACCCUCUUGGUGCUCACACCUACGCAUUUCUGCUGGGUGUUGACAGCCUAGGGAGUGGAAUUGCUGGAUCACACGGGUGGCAUAUGUUCGGUUUCAUUAGAAAACUGCCAGUUUCCAAAAUGUCUCUACCAAUUUACAUUCCCCCAGAAAUACAAGAGAGGUCCAGUCGCUCUAGUUUCUCGCUUCCACAUGGUGUGACGGUCUUUUUCACUUUAGCCAUUCUGGUGGGUGAAGAACUCGUAUUCGCAGCGCCUGACGCGUAAUUGGCACUCAGUUAACAGGACUGUUGAAUGAAUGGAUGAAUGAGUAAGUCGGGCGGUGUAGACCGAGAGCUUGGCGAGGGCGGACACACGCACGCACUCCACACAUAGCUUUUCGCGGACACCCACCGCGGCGCCCCCAGCCCAGGACACAGACCCUCUCGCGCACCCCGCGCCCACGUGGUCUGAACGCACGGCCUAGGUCCUGCCGCGCGCGUCCGGUCGCCGAGCCGUCCCCAACUCCGGCACUCGGCGGCGGGCAGGGGGCGCUGCGCGUCCGGGCGCUCCGAGGGGGCGGGCUCGGGUCGGGGCGGGGCCGGCCGGGCUUCCAGGCCUGGGCUCUGGCCGCCCGCGCCACCGGGCCGCUCCGGGGACGGGCCGGGGCGGGGCGCGGCGGCAGGAAACAGGCGGGGACUCGCGGAGGCGUUGGGGACGAGAGAGGGCGCGCCCAACUCCCGGGGGGACGGCAGGCCGAGAGCGCGGCGCCCGGGCCUGGCGCCUAGCCUGAGCCCGCCGGACGGGAGGCGGCCCCGCCGCGGGCUCGGCCCCGGCCCCAGCCCUGCCAGCAUGGCCGGCCGGACCGUACGGGCCGAAACCCGGAGCCGGGCCAAGGAUGACAUCAAGAAGGUGAUGGCGACCAUCGAGAAGGUCCGGAGAUGGGAGAAGCGUUGGGUGACUGUGGGCGACACUUCCCUUCGUAUCUUCAAGUGGGUGCCAGUGGUGGACCCCCAGGAGGAGGAGCGAAGGCGGGCAGGCAGCGGGGCAGAGAGAUCCCGUGGCCGGGAACGUCGAGGCAGGGGCGCCAGUCCCCGAGGGGGUGGCCCUCUCAUCCUGCUGGAUCUUAAUGAUGAGAGCAGCAACCAGAGUUUCCAUUCGGAAGGUUCCCUGCAAAAGGGCACAGAGCCCAGUCCUGGGGGCACCCCCCAGCCCAGCUGCCCUGUGUCACCUGCCGGACCCCCAGAAGGGGUCCCUGAGGAGGUUCAGCCCCCACGGCUGGGCCAAGAGAGAGAUCCCGGGGCCAUAACUGCAGGCAGCACCGAUGAACCCCCGAUGCUGACCAAGGAGGAGCCUGUUCCAGAACUGCUGGAGGCUGAGGCCCCCGAAGCUUACCCCGUCUUUGAGCCAGUGCCACCUGUCCCUGAGGCAGCCCAGGGUGACACAGAGGACUCGGAGGGCGCCCCCCCACUCAAGCGCAUCUGCCCAAAUACCCCUGACCCCUGAGAAGCCGGCCUGCCUGUCCUGUCACCCCAGGGGCCCCUUUGGCUUUUUACAAAUAAAGACCCUUUUGUAA